GUUUUCUGCGUUUUCUGCUUUCGUCAGCCGAUCAAAAAAUUAGACUGCGUGCGCGACGAUUACGUUGCUGACAUAAGUGGGACAAACACGGAAUUUCACAUCCAUUCCGUUUAUUGGUCGGGCGCUUUUCCACCGAAAAGUGAAAAUUUUACCAGUUCGGGGCACAAACAGUGGUGAAAAGUCAAGUUUUCUGGUGGAAAAGGGUGUUUUUUUUCGUCGCGACGCGAUUCUUACUACUCGGAUGAUUGGAUAACCUAGAAAGGUGUGUUUCGUCGCUCUGCCCUCCGUCUCUGUAGCCAGCCAGCCAACGCUACGGGAUCUUUCAUCGCCACCACGUCGGGAAUGGAUCGAAUCAAGUGUUAGGGGGAGUUUGUCUGGUGUGUUCUCGCCCCCAAAUCGGAGUUGAUUUGAAAUAGCUCAUUGUGUCUGUCCUCUUGUCUUGUUCAACGUGAAAAGGUCAGUCUUCAGAUUGUGUUAUUUAUGUUUAUUUUCUGAGCACUCAGCGCACUGAGAGGAAACUAAUAAGAAGUAAAAUAUAGGUCACUCUAAUUUGACCGAGAAUGAGCGUUUCAAGGUUGCUUCCGUUUAAUUUGACGACUUCGCAGAAGGUAAUCAUUGUUUCCGUGACCGCCGGUGUGGCCGUUCUUGGGGCGAUAGCUAGCUACUUGGGCCGUCGGAGGACUCCGAGGCCACAGCAGCGACGCCUUCGGAAACCGGGUGGACGGAAAGCUCGCAAUAGCGUUCGCAGUCCCAACGAUAUAAUAUCGCUAGCAGGAUCGAAAGCUUCCGGUCGUUCAUAUAGCCCCGGAGGAUCGAUUCAUGGCAUUUCGGACCGAAUGUCGUUGGCUUCCGGUUCCCUGGCUGCUGGAGGGGUCGGAGUGGGUGCUAGUUCAAUCAUUGGGGCAACGACUCCGCUUACCCCACAGCAGCUGGGAGUGAUGGGCAUGGAAGCGUUGGAGACGGUUAUCAGCUACUGGGAAGAUGCUUUGACAGGUCGGAACGAUCUUGAUCUACCGGCAAGGAUCACCGCCGACCAGGAAGAAUUCUGUAGGGAACUGCAGAACCUGUUGGAUGCAGCAUACAAUUUACAAGAGCAGGGAGAACUGCUGUUCCUGGAUGAACGAUCCGUGCUGUUUAGGGACGACGAGCAUAAGGUAGCCCAGGCCGGUAGGUUAUCCAAUGGACAUAGAUCUAGUUCAGAUCCAAACUUUGAUUCCGCUGAGAGUUUUGCGUCUGCUUUGGAUCAGGUUGCUGAUCUUCGGGAGUUUGAAGACUACGGUGAAGUCUUCUCCGAUGUAGAAAACUAUCCACUCUACCAGAGUGCACUGGAAUUGUUGGAUGAUCAACCCAUUCCCUGUCGAACGAUUCGAACCGACAUGGUCAGUUGUAAUUCGGACGCAGAAUACUACGCUAAACUGCACUGCGUACGACUUGCCUUCCAGUUGUUAUUCAAGGACCCAAAGAACUGCCGCUGGGUGGCGGACACCGGCCGACAAGUACUCACCGACCUGCUUUGCCUAGGCGACAAGGAUCCGAAGGAUUUCCUCGUGGCCUAUGAAUCCAUGCUUGAAUUCCUCCAGGACAUGGACAACUGGCAGGACAUAGAGCUAGAACUAGAAUCUCGCAACGUCAAGGCCAUGACCUUCUACGACAUAGUGUUGGAUUUCAUCAUUCUGGACGCAUUUCGGGAUCUCGAUUCGCCUCCGAACAGUGUUCUCGCGGUCAUCCAGAAUCGAUUUCUUUCCAACAGCUUCAAGGAGACGGCUCUGACGACGGCCGUUUGGUCCGUGCUGAAGGCCAAGAAGCGUUUGCUCAAGUUCCCCAAUGGGUUUAUGUCGCACUUUUACUGCAUUACCGAGCAGUUGUCCCCGCUGAUGGUGUGGGGAUUCUUCGGGCCCGACGAGAACCUAAUGGAAGUGUGUAAGUACUUCAAGGAGCAAAUGGUAAGCUUCCUGGUGGACAUUUACAACUUCCAAAAGUGUCGCUACACCACGGUGGAAGAGCUAGCCGAGGACAUUCUGUCGAACAUGAAAAUGAGGGUGAACAAUAUAGGCGUCAAGUUCAAUCAAUAGGCAUGUGGCGCAGCAGCUAGUUAUGUAUUUUAUUUGUAUUGGUUGUUGGAAAUGUUUCUAUUUUUAUCGCGAAGACAAAUUGUGUUACUUUCGUUCAGUGCGAAUAUUAAUCAAAUUAUUUUUAAAUUAGAACAGGGAUAGCUUUGAAAGACAUUGGUUACGGAGCAGAUUCGAAGCUACUGUACAGAAGUAGGUCGGAUUAGCGGUUCAGCGAGUCUGGAUUGUAGAUAACAUUAGUUGUAGAGAGUACUAGCAUCAACUAUAGACAUUAAUUUCUUUGGUAAA